AUGCCAUCAUUUAUUAGCAACAAUAAUGAUUACCAAAUAUUAUCAAUCAAUGCCAAAAAGUCGAAUCAAUAUAGAAUUCGACGAAUGCAGGAAACUGAUAUUGACACAAUAGUUAAACUUGAGCAAAUUACUUGGCCUGAUGAAUCAUGGUCUUCUGAAGUUUUUUUUGAUUAUCUUCAUAAUCCAUUUUGGGACUGUUGGAUACUUGCAUGUUCUAUCAAUGAUAAUUCAAUACUUGGAUAUGGUCUUCAGUAUAUAGACAAUCAUGUAUCACAUAUAGCGAAUUUAUGUAUUGAUCCUUGUCAACGUGGUCGUGGUUUAGGUGGAAUACUUUUACAAUAUAUGAUAGAUUAUUCUCGUCGAUUAGGUGCGUCAAUAAUUGAACUUGAAGUAAAUACAUCAAAUAUACAAGCAUAUAAUUUAUAUUAUAAACAUGGCUUUGUGAAAAUUGGAUUCUUAGAACGAUAUUAUUUGGACAGCACAGAUGCAUAUCGUAUGCAGUUGAUUCUUGAUAGAAUUUAUUAG